CAUACCACGAGCCCCUCUGUAAAUACACCAUUCUCAUGUCCUAUGGACGCGUCUUCACUCUCCAAUGGCAAGUCGGCUAGACGAGAGGAACGUAAAUACCGGCCAUACACUCUCAGCAAGGAUGCAGUCGCCAACAAAGCUGAGAGACCUUCUAAUGCUGAUUUAACCAAGUACCUGCUUUCGACACUCACGAAUGAGUCCAACCCAAUCACCCAUUCUGAUAUUGCGGAGAAAUCCAUGCCGAUGUUCUCAACAUCAACGGGCCAUCAAGUGGCUGAGGGCACAGUGGAUCGUCGGCGUUAUCUAACCGAACGAACGAAGAAGAUUAAAGUGCAAACUAUGGAGGCAACUGGGUCUGCCCAACCUGCAGUCCUGGGCGACGUUCGCUGCUAUAUAAACGGCUAUUUGGAAGGAACGACAGACCUUGAAAUGAAGCGUGUUAUUGUUGGUGCUGGUGGGACUGUCUUACCUGUGGCGAACAACGCGACACAUAUCAUUACCUCGCGGCCACUAAGCGGGUCUAAAAACCACAAAAUCUUGACGGCAAAGACUCAGCGUCGCGUUCCUUUUGUGGUGAAGCCUGAACGUCAGGGCGCAUCACACUUGUCCUGCAUCCUCCAUAAAUAUGCGUCCAUUUUUCUCGCAACGAUGUCACCGCCCCACAAAAUGGUGUUCGCCACUGCAUUUUUGGCAACUUUCGCCCUUGCGGCCUUCGCCUCCUCCGUUCCUGGCCAGACCGACCCUCUUCAGACGAUCUCAAUAGCGUCUCCAGACGGUUCAGCCAAGGCCGACUUCAUCGCAUUCGGCGCAACAGCAACAAAUUUCUGGGUCAAAGACAAGCAGGGCAAGUUCAGGGAUAUCCUGCUUGGGUACGACGACAAGACACUGUACCAAACUUCCGCCGAAGGACGUAACUAUUUCAGUCCCGUCGUCGGCCGCUACGCGAACCGGAUUAGAAACGGGACUUUCACUAUUCCCAUUUCGAAAAACGCGAAGGGCCCGGGGAAGAAGUUUCAAGUUGUCGAGAACGAACACGACGGCACGAAUACGCUCCACGGUGGACUGAUCGGCUAUGACGUUCGGCCAUGGACAGUGGUCAAGCACACCAAAAAUUCUGUGGUUUUCAGCUUGGUCGAUCCAGACGGCUUCCAAGGUUUCCCUGGUAAAGUCGUCACAACCAUUGACUACACUCUUGAAUCCAAAUCGACAUGGAACAUCGCCAUCCAUUCAACCGCGUCGAAGCAAACCCCAAUCAUGCUGAGCACACACAAUUAUUUCAACCUUGAUGCUUACGAUGCCCCCUCCAAUGAUCUCGUCGACCACGUCAUGCGCAUCCAGUCGGACAAGAUUAUUUCCACCGACGGCAACUUGAUUCCCAAUGGCAAAUUCACGCCCGUCAAGGGGACCGCGCUCGACUUCCGAACUGCGAAAUCCAUUGGAAACAGUCUCAAUGCGACCGCUCAGGCGCAAUAUUGCGGCACUGGAUGUGUUGGACUCGACAACUGCUGGAUUUAUGACCACAAAGUCAAGAGCGAGCCUGUUUUCUCUCUUUGGAGCACCGUCUCGGGCAUCAAGCUCGAUGUUAGCACCAACCAACCUGCGCUCCAAAUUUAUACUUGCAACGGCAUCUUCAACCCUGCCUCCCCGAUUCCACGAAAGGCAAACCAAGGCGGCCCGUCACAAUCCUACCCCAACCACUCAUGCCUUGUUGUGGAGCAGGAGUCCUACAUUGACGCUAUCAACAACCCAGAGUUCGGCGUCAACCAGAUUUAUGGACCAGGUCGCGAUUAUACCUGGACGGCGACAUAUGCCUUCUCUGUCAAGAAGUAG